AUGUCUUGCUCAAAGCUCAUUUCCUCUUUUCUCUUCUCUCUAACCUUGGUUCUUCUUCUCCAAACAUCUUUUGAAGCUGACCCUCUUUUCCAUUCGUGUUCAAGUUCUGAAAUUUUCACAUCCAACACUCCCUAUGAAUCAAACUUGAAAACGCUCAUAAACUCACUUAUUUACAAAACCCCUUCAACAGGCUUUGGUGUUAGCUCAGUUGGCCAAUACGAAAGCCAACCAGUGUAUGGACUCGCUCUUUGCCGCGUCGAUGUCUCACCCACAGAAUGCAAAACUUGUGUUAUUGAAGCAACCAAAGAAAUCCUCAAUCUUUGUCCAUACAACAAAGGUGCCAUCAUAUGGUACGACAACUGUUUGUUCAAGUAUUUGGACACAGAUUUCAUUAGCAAGAUUGAUGAGGCAAACAAGUUCUCUCUGUUGAACGUGCAAGACGUGAGUGAUCCUAACAUGUUCAACUACAUGACCAAGGAAUUGUUGGGUGUACAUCACCAAGUAUGCUGGAUUGAAGUUUAUUAUUUGAUAUACGAGUUAUUAUCAAAUAACGUUAUAUCAAAAGUUAAAGAUAAUAAAAAGCGAUUGAGGGGAGAUUAUGAUGGCCCAUUCAAAAAGAAAUUUACUGAAUAG